AUUACCGUUGAUAGAUCUUGAGAGAAAUGAAGAGGAAAAAUUAGAUUAGACAGUAUGAUAUAGAGAGAGAGAGAUAGAGAGGCACAGAAAAGACAAAGGGGAGGUUAGGAGAGAGAAAAAGCCUCUGCAAAAAGUGCUUUUUGACUCUCUCUCUCUCUCUCACACACACAUUCAUGGCGGAUUCACACGUUGAAUUCACCAUUUCACAGCAUUCUAUUAUACAUCCCUUGCAUUUCUUCCAUUAAUUCAACUUCCUCACCUUCAAACCCAUCUGGGUCUUCAGUUUUUCCAAAAGAAUUCACAGAUUUUGAUCCAUGGGGAAUUGCUGUGUGAUGCCCUCUGGUUUCUCAUCCGAGAAGAAAAACGCAAAGAAGAACAAAAAAUACAAUCCUUUCUCAAUUGAUUAUGGUACAGCUCAUGCAUCUGGAGGUGGAAAAAACAAGCUCACUGUAUUGAAAGAUCCAACAGGCCGAGACAUAUUGCUGCAAUACAAUCUGGGUCGCGAGCUUGGGAGGGGUGAAUUUGGGAUCACAUAUUUGGCCACAGAUGUGGAAACAGGCGAAAAAUUCGCUUGCAAAUCAAUAUCCAAGAAGAAGCUGAGGACUGCUGUGGAUAUUGAGGAUGUAAGGAGAGAGGUUGAGAUCAUGAAACAUUUGCCUAAGCAUCCCAACAUUGUGAGCUUGAAGGAUAGUUUUGAGGAUGACCAUGCAGUCCACAUUGUGAUGGAGUUGUGCGAGGGCGGCGAGUUGUUUGAUCGGAUUGUGGCGAGGGGGCAUUACACGGAGAGGGCGGCUGCAGCAGUUAUGCGAACAAUUGUGGAAGUUGUGCAGGCGUGUCACAUGCAUGGAGUGAUACACCGGGAUCUGAAACCCGAGAAUUUUCUUUUUGCAAACAAGAAGGAAGCAGCACCUCUGAAGACAAUUGAUUUCGGACUGUCAAUUUUCUUCAAACCUGGUGAUCGCUUUACUGAGAUAGUGGGAAGUCCUUAUUACAUGGCUCCAGAGGUUCUAAAACGCAAUUAUGGCCCAGAAAUUGACGUCUGGAGCGCUGGAGUUAUCCUCUACAUUCUACUUUGUGGUGUUCCCCCUUUUUGGGCAGAAACUGAACAAGGAGUAGCACAAGCAAUUAUUCGCUCUGCAAUUGAUUUUAAGAGAGACCCAUGGCCGAAAGUUUCUGAUAAUGCAAAGGAUCUUGUGAAGAGAAUGCUUGAUCCAGACCCCAAGAAGCGGCUUACAGCUCAGGAAGUGCUCGAACAUACCUGGUUACAUAACGCUAAGAAGGCUCCAAAUGUCCCACUUGGCGAGACUGUGAAAGCAAGGCUUAAACAAUUUUCUGUAAUGAACAAGCUCAAAAAAAGAGCUCUAAGGGUGAUUGCAGAGCAUUUAUCAGUGGAGGAAGUGGCUGGUUUAAAAGAAGCAUUUGAUAUGAUGGACUCUAGCAAAAGAGGCAAGAUAAACCUCAAGGAGCUUACAAUUGGGUUGCAAAAGCUUAGCCACCAGAUCCCUGAAGCUGAUGUUCAAAUCCUAAUGGAAGCUGCUGAUAUCGAUGGAGAUGGAAUGUUGAACUACGGAGAGUUUGUCGCUGUCUCCGUUCAUCUUAGGAAGAUGGGCAAUGACGAGCACCUGCAUAAAGCUUUUGCAUUCUUUGAUAGAAACCAGAAUGGUUUUAUAGAGAUUGAAGAGCUCCGGGAUGCCUUAAGUGACGAAGAUGGCGCCAACAUCGAGGAAGUCAUCAAUGCCAUUAUGCAUGAUGUUGACACAGAUAAGGAUGGGCGUAUAAGCUACGAGGAAUUUGCUUCAAUGAUGAAGGCCGGUACAGAUUGGAGAAAAGCAUCGAGGCAAUAUUCGCGAGAAAGAUUCAACAGUCUUAGCUUGAAGUUGAGGAGGGAUGGCUCGUUACAGUUAUCUGAUGAGGUUAGGUGAACAAUGACAAACUUGAGGAAAGAAAAAUGGCAUAGGAUGUUGUCGUCUUCGCUCUUUUUAUUUAUUUUAUUUUAUUUUAUUUUUUACUUGACGAGUUUUUACAAAAUUAAUUUCAUAAAUUUUUUAGUAGGACCAGGGCUUUCAAUUUCUUUCCAAAUAGUUGUGUUUUUUGGGGUUUUGUUUCUUUGACACGUUUGUAGUCUUUUGUAGAAGAGAAAAAAGAAUAUUCUUACAAGAUAAAGGGUGAUGUUUUGUUAUUACAACUACUCUGUUGUUUUCAUUCCGAGGGAAUAUUGUUUAUAAUGGUGAUAUUGCGUGAGAGUAUAUUAUAA